AUGACUUCUUAUCGUCCGUCCCAUUUGCCUCCCUCUCUCUCCCCUUCACCUGAGCGUCGAGGCGUUCACAGCCAUUCUCCUGACCCAAACCAUCAGCGGACCAGCGAUGAGGAACGUCGAUCAGUGAGAACAAGGCACAAAGAGCGUCAAGAUAACCGGAACGAUGACUCCAUGUACUACCCUUGGGGAGAUGUUCCCCAUGUCUCUGAACGAGUGCGUGGGGGUGAUACUCGCCCACAGAGUCAGGUGCCGCGAUCACAAAACACGCCCCAGCUAUUGUUACAGAUGCUUUCCUCACAUGAGAACCAACCACUUCAAUCUGAGGCGGAGCUAGAAUAUGAAUUCUACCAGAUGUCGCCUGGUAUGCGAUUUCAGGCUUCAUCUGGGAACACGGUUGGUCCAUUCCACGACAAUGACGAGUUUGAAUGGCCCGCGACAGAUGAAGCAGGACUUGCCCACACAGGAUCAUGGUGCCACUUGGCAUCCAUAGAUUUGAUUCAAGAAAGAUGGGAGUUUCCCGACACAGACCAGGACGUUCUCGCGGACGACUGGCGGCCAAUGACCCCCAGAGAUACCCGAUUGUCAACACCAGACCUCCCUCCUCUGUCUACAGACUUUGAGUUUUGCCCAUGCCAUCACUCGGAUGAGACUGAGCAGGAAAGGAUCAACGAAGACUUUUACUUCGUUUCAAGAUCAAAAAUGGACAUGCAGACGAUAAACGCACUGGCGCACAUUGCCCAGACCCGAUCAACGUCUCGUUAG